AUUUAAACAUUAGUUAUAUGAAAAUCAUGGUCUAACUGUUUAUGAUCUUAAAGAAAGUUGUGUUUCUGAAGAUCGUCUCUUAUAUAUUUUACAAUCAUCUUCUGCUAGUGUUCUAAUUAUCAGUUCAACUACUCCAAUUAGUGAUCAGAUUUUAAAAUUGGCAUGUAAAUUCGGUCUACGAAUAAUUGUUCGAACUGGUGGGAAUGUGGAUACUAUCGAUUGUAUCACAGCACAAGAGCAUGGAAUUCUAGUUAUAAAUGCACCAUAUGGAAAUAUCAUAUCAACAACUGAAUAUACUUGUGGAUUAAUAUUAGCUUUAGCUAAACAUAUUCCUCAUAUUCUAUUGAAUUCCUCUUCUGAAUGGUUCAAUAUUAAAAAGAAAUCCACUGAAAGAAAUGCUACAUUUCGUAUCACUGAAUUAUCUGGGAAAACUUUAGGCAUCAUAGGUAUUAAUAAUGAAAUCGGUUCAGCUGUUGGUCAACGAAUGAAAGUAUUUGGUAUGCGUAUCAUUGGUUAUGAUCCAAAUCAUAAUUUCGAUAAUACUAAUUUACCAGAUUGGUUAGAUGCUGUUAUGGAAUUAGACAAUGUAUUAAGUGAAUCAAAUUAUCUUACAAUACAUGUUAAUUUAACACCAGAAACUAAGCAUCUUAUAAAUUCUAGAACAUUGUCUAUCUGUUCACCGGGCAUUAGAAUCAUUAAUUGUUCCAAUGGUGGUAUUAUUGACGAAAUUGCUUUAUUAGAAGCACUAGAAUCUGGGCAUUGUUGUGGUGCAGCAUUAGAUGUUUUUGAAAAUGAACCAUUAAUCCAUUCAUCAUCAUCAAAUUGCAUUAUGGGUAAAUUAUUACAACAUCCUAAUGUGAUUGCUUCACCUCAUUUAAAUGAAAUUAGUUGUGAAGCACAAAUUCGUACCGCUAUACAUACUAGUCGUUUAUUAUUAUUAGUAAAUGGUAAAUUAUCUAAUUGGGAUUUAGGUUUAGAAGGUGCUGUAAAUCUGAAUAAAUUAGGGGAACUAUUUCAUCAUGUAAUCAAAACUAACUGGUAUAAAUGUUUAUCUUCUAAUGACAUUAAAAAUCUUUUACAAUUACCUUAUAUAAUACAUUUAUUAAUGUCGAAAUUACUAUCGGAUAUGGAUAAAAAUAUAUUAAAUAAUUCAUUUAAUUAUACUGUAACUUAUCGAAUAAGUGUUGUUGUGCCACAAUGUAUCAUUGAUUGUCAUCAAUCAAAAAGUGUUCUCUGUAAUUUAUUUGCAAUUAGUUGUCAAUUAGCAAUGCAUAAACAUUGUACUAUACCAUCAGAUCAUACUAUUCAUCAAAUGAAUCAUUUCGACAUAUUAUCUUGUUUAAUUUAUCCACAUUUUGUAAGAACUAGUAAUUUUAAUCAAUUAACGAAUGCAUAUGAAGUGAAUUGGUCUUGUACACUUCAUCCACUUAUAAAUUCAUCUUGUUCCAUUACAUUUCUAUCACCACAAUCAACAUUGAAUACAAUUGAAAAAUUAUUUGAAAUUCAUUGUACUACUAUCAAUCAAAAACCAUUAACAUUAUGGUUAUUAAAUGUGAAUAUUUGCAUAUCAUCGGUACAUUCAUUAUCAACAUCACAAUGUUUAAUUGGUAUUUUAAAAGAUUCUGGAUUUUAUUUAUUAAAUGGAAAUAAUAUUACUAAUUAUGAUGUUAACAAUACUUCCUCCGAUACUAAUACUCCCACCAGUAGUAGCGAUACUAGUGAUGAUUCUGUACCAUUGAUCACGUUGUAAACAAACUAUCUGUGCACUAUUGACUUUCAUCUUGUCCAAAUUCUUCUUAUUAUUUUUAAGAAAUACAAACCCAGUUCUUUUUUUCUCAUUUCAGUUUAUCCAACUACUGAUGUAGCGUGUUUUAAUCACAUGUUUUUUUUCUUGUAUAGAUUUAUAUCUGUACUUAAUCUUAUUAUUAUUGUAAUAUUUGAC